AUGCCUGGAGACUCCCGCAGCCGCGACCGCUACAACUCACGCGAUCGCGCACGCGAGCACCGCCGCGACCGAGACCGGAACCACGAGUACAUCCGCGAUCGAUACGAGGAUGGGGGCGAGGUCUCCGGUCCCGGCGCGCGGGGCAAAUACCGAUUCCGCGGUGCGGAGUUCGGCUACGAUUCUUACGAUGCGGGAUCUGGACGGGAUGUGAGCGAGGAUGAGGAUGAGCGGAGAAGGGAGAAGAGGGAGCGGAGGGAGAGAAGGCGACAGCGUGAAGAAGAGCGGGCUUACAAUGAGGCUGUUGAAGAGCGGAGGAGGGAGAGAUCCAAGGCGAAAGAGUCGCCUGCUACGUCGCCUAUUAAGAGGCGGGAUCGAGAGCGAGAUCGCGAGGGAUACCGGAGGAGCCGUUAUGAAGGGGAUGAUAGUCGGAGUCCCACUAAAGAUUCAAGGAAGCAUCAGAGCUCAGAGUCGACGAGCAGCGCAUCACAUCUGCUGAGUGCAGAUGCAUUGGCGAAGUUGGCGUCUGAAAAUAAACGUGCUGAUCGAGCGGAACGAUCUCGCGAGGAAGAUGAGGCCAGGCGAGAGCGGCGAAGACAGAAGAAGAGAGCUGCAUUGGCUGGAACUGCUGGUGCUGCCGGAGCAGCGGCCUUGGGCGACGAGAUUGCCGAGGGCAGGUCGAGGCACAAGUCUGGUGCCCGAGUUGUGUCUGGUGCAUACCUCGAGGAAGGACGCAGCCCCGAGAUGAAUAUGCGUCGCCGAGGAGGUGGCGGUCCGGCCAUGGACGAUCAAUGGAAGAAAGAGCAAAGCUAUUAUAGCUACGACGGAGAUCAACCGUCUCGGUGGAAGUUCUGGGCCAACUGGUCAAGACAGAAGCGGAUCAUCCUUGGCUCUGUCGUGCUGGUGAUCUUGUUGCUUGCCAUUAUCAUCCCGGUUGCUGCGGUGGAGUCCCAGAACAAGAGCGACGACUCUAGCAGUGACAGUGGCUCCUCGGAUGGUUCAAGCCCUUCAAAUUCCAAUCUAGACAGUAUUAGCCGUGACAGCAUUCCUUCUUAUGCACAAGGAACUUUCCUUGACCCCUUCACCUGGUACGACACCGAAGGCUUCAAUCUGACCUUCACUAACGCAACUGUCGGCGGCUUGCACCUUAUGGGCCUGAACUCAUCGUGGGAUGAUUCCACGAGAGCAAACGACAAGGUUCCUCCCCUCAACGAAAAGUUCCCUUAUGGCUCUCAGCCCAUCCGCGGUGUCAAUAUCGGUGGAUGGCUCUCUCUCGAGCCUUUCAUUGCGCCUUCUCUCUUCGAGGGCCACCGCGACCAAGUCAUUGAUGAAUGGACACUGACUCAAAAGCUCGGUUCAUCUGCAUCGAACACUAUUGAAAAGCACUACGCAGAGUUCAUCACCGAGUCAGACAUUUCCGAGAUUCAACAGGCGGGACUGGACCACGUCCGCAUCCCGUAUUCCUACUGGGUCGUUACGACUUACGAUGGCGAUCCUUAUGUUCCCAAGAUUGGCUGGCGUUAUCUCCUGCGAGCAAUUGAAUGGUGUCGCAAAUAUGGACUCCGCGUCAAACUCGAUCUUCAUGGAUUGCCAGGGAGUCAGAAUGGAUGGAACCACAGUGGCCACCAGGGCAGCAUUGGGUGGUUGAAUGGCACUGAUGGCGAGCUGAACCGACAGCGAUCUCUGGAUAUCCAUGAUCAAUUGUCUCAAUUCUUUGCCCAGGAUCGAUACAAGAAUAUUGUGACUAUCUACGGACUUGUCAAUGAGCCCCUGCUCCUUUCGUUGUCCGUUGAAAAGGUCCUCGGCUGGACACAGGAGGCAACGGAACUUGUUCGCAAAAAUGGUGUCGAAGCCACUGUUGUUCUGCAUGACGGGUUCCUCAAUCUCGACAAGUGGGACAAUAUGUUCAAGGACCGACCAAGCGAUAUGUACUUGGACACCCAUCAAUACACCACCUUCAACACUGGCGAGAUCGUUCUCAACCACACUGCUAAAGUGGAAAUUAUCUGCAAAAACUGGUACGAUAUGAUUCAAGAAAUCAACAGCACAAGCAAAGGAUGGGGCCCCACGAUUUGCGGCGAGUGGUCUCAAGCAGACACCGACUGCGCCGAGUAUGUCAACAAUGUCGGCCGUGGCACGCGGUGGGAAGGAACAUAUGAUAUAAGUGACUCGACGGCAUACUGUCCUACCGCCGAUGACGGAAACUGCAGCUGCGACAAGGCAAAUGCAGACCCAUCCGAAUACUCGGACGCCUACAAGAAGUGGCUUCAAACAUACGCUGAGGCGCAGAUGUCUGCUUUCGAAACUGCACAAGGCUGGUUCUACUGGACCUGGCGUACCGAAUCUGCCGCGCAGUGGAGCUACCGCACCGCCUGGAAGAACGGCUAUAUGCCUGAGAAAGCAUACUCACCAUCCUUUAAAUGCGGCGACGAUAUUCCCGAUUUCUCGGGACUGGGCUUGCCGGAGUAUUAUUGA